AUGUCAAAAUCGCCAGCAGAAUCGCACAGGCAAAAAUCCAAGAAGGAUAUACAGCAACCGUCCAGCUCAAAAAGUCCGGAAGCUCAACAUGUUGAAAUGCCCUCUGGCCCUCGGGCGGGUUCACGUUCUAACCCGAACACGCCUGUUGAUCUGAGCGAUGAAUGCCAGCUCUAUUCGAGGACACCUCUUCCUUCGCGUACUCUGGCCAACGCACGAGCUGCUCUGCAACAACUAGUUCUAAAAUCUAGAUAUGGCUCCUCAAAUAUUUUUGAAGAUUCUGGCUCGCGGGGUUCAAUUAAUCUUCCUACUCAGCCGCCCCCUGUUAGAGUCGUCGGUCAGUCUGGUGUCUCGAAUCUCAGAAGAUCUUCUAGCCAUAGCGAGGGCUUUGCUGUAAGAUAUGCUCAAGAACACACGCUCCCAGCGAUCUCAUUCGGGAUCAAUGCACCUAUGCCACGUUGGCGAAUCGAGCGUAUUCAUCCACUACUUGCACGGGGAAGCCCAGCGCUGCGAUGGGUGUUCGAUGCUAGCAUAGACUUUGCCCAGUUUGGAUGGUCAGAGGAUAUGGUUUACGAAUACGCAUACAGGUGGCUUGAGGAAGCUCUUAGCGAUCCGUCAUUUGGACGAUACACGAGGUCCUACAUUCUCGACGGACAUGGCGAAAAUCCGCUACCAACCCUCCCGCCAGCACCAAGUACAUGCUAUUUUAAGACAUGGUCUCAAUCAUUGGGAGCCAAUGAUAGCUGGUAUAAGCAUCCGGACUAUGAGCGUUCACGGAUGACUUGGACAAUAGUUCCUGAGCAGCAGUUUUCGGGGAACGAUGGAAUCCGCAACAAUCAUAUAUUUGACUUUAAAUCUUCUGAAGCUUGCAAUGAGACAGAUCUCGAGCUUGGCCGACCCGUGAGUAUUGAAGCUGGUGUUGCGGUUUCGCAUUUCUGGGAUAUUCUUCAAGAUACCCUGGAAGUCAAACUAGUACCCAUGAUGGCCGAGGACUGGAAACAAGCUGUGGAGCUCUUCCUUGAAACGGCAGAAGAAAACCGCGCCUUCCAACCUUUACUGGUCAUGCUGCAGCGCUGUACCGCUAAGUACGAGACCAAUCCAACUCCGUCGCCGACUUCGAGGUUGGCCGAUGAGCGACGCCUUAAAACUGCAAAGAUGUUUACGUUCACACCUUUGCUUGGCGCACAGUCGUCCUCCUCGAAGGCUUCUCAGUCAAUCUUAGAACUGGAUGGUGGAAUCAAAAUCCUUGUGGACGUCGGCUGGGAUGAUACCUUUGAUCCUCUGGAUUUGCAGGAACUAGAAAAACAUGUUCCCACCCUUUCGUUGAUCCUUCUGACCCACGCUACCCCUGCGCAUAUUGGUGCCUUCGCGCAUUGCUGCAAGACCUUCCCUCUUUUUACUCAGAUUCCCGUCUACGCCACGAGCCCCGUUAUUGCGCUUGGUCGCACGCUGUUACAGGACCUAUACGCCUCCUCGCCACUAGCUGCAACAUUCCUACCCAAAGCCUCAAUUUCUGAGCCGGGCGCAUCUACUUCUGCAGCAUCUGCCACAGCAUCCGUACCAGAAGGCGAAGGAGGCGCAGAUGCUAACCAUUCCGGAAGAAUCCUCCUCCAACCUCCUACCGCAGAGGAAAUUGCCAGAUACUUCUCCCUGAUCCAUCCCUUAAAGUACUCGCAACCACACCAACCACUUCCUUCCCCCUUUUCCCCUCCACUGAACGGCCUUACGCUCACGGCUUACAAUGCUGGACACACUGUGGGAGGAACAAUAUGGCAUAUACAACAUGGCAUGGAAUCGAUUGUUUACGCUGUCGAUUGGAACCAAGCACGAGAGAGUGUAAUGGCAGGUGCUGCAUGGUUCGGCGGGUCAGGCGCCAGUGGGACGGAGGUCAUAGAGCAAUUACGCAAACCCACCGCGUUGGUAUGUAGUACAAGGGGGGGUGACAAGUUUGCCCUUCCAGGAGGACGAAAAAAGCGAGAUGACUUACUAUUGGAUAUGAUUCGGAGUACUAUCGCCAAAGGAGGCACUGUUUUGAUUCCCACUGAUACUAGCGCUCGAGUCUUGGAAUUGGCAUAUGCGCUGGAGCAUGCAUGGCGCGAUACUGCUGGAACAGGACAAGAGGAUAAUGUUCUAAAGGAGGCCGGGCUAUACCUCGCAGGUAGGAAGGCUAACACGACGAUGAGGUUGGCCCGGAGUAUGCUAGAGUGGAUGGACGAGAAUAUUGUGCGAGAGUUUGAGGCCGCGGAAGGUGUAGAUGCGGCUACGGGUCAAUCUCGAACUAAUCCCGGCGGCCAACGUUCUGGCCAAAACCAGGGCAAAGAAGAGAAAGGCACUGGCCCCUUUACUUUCAAACACCUGAAGAUCGUUGAGAGGAAAAAGAAGUUGGAGAAGAUUCUUAACAACCAGACACCCAAAGUCAUUUUGGCUUCCGACACGUCACUGGACUGGGGUUUUGCAAAGGAAUCCCUCCGCCUGGUAGCGGGGGGCCCGAACAACCUUCUCCUACUCACAGAGUCUUUCCAUAAGGAGAGGCUUGCCGACAACCAGGAAGAUCUUCAUCGGAAAACUCUGGGUAAUAUGAUCUGGGACUGGUAUGAAGAAAGGAAAGAUGGUGUCGCACUUGAGAAAUCUUCCGACGGUGAGAUGAUUGAACAGGUUCACAGCGGUGGUCGAGAACUCUCCUGGUCAGACGUGCAUCGUGCACCUCUAGAUCCUGGUGAACAACUACUCUAUCAACAAUAUCUCGCCACAAAGAGACAACUACAAGAUACUUCCCAAGCAAGGGGGCAGGAGAACUUGGAUAACGCAGCGGAUGCGCUUGAUGACCGAUCUAGUUCCACAUCCGAAGACUCCGAGACAGAACAGCAGGGACGGGUCCUAAAUUUCUCAACUUCAUUAGCUCAUUCCAAUCGCAACAAACUCGGUCUCAGCGAUGAAGACCUUGGUGUCAACAUCCUUUUACGGCGGAAGAACGUGUUCGACUGGGAUGUCCGGGGCAAGAAGGGCCGCGAACGAAUGUUCCCAUAUGUAGCACCAAGAAAGAAGGGAGACGAGUAUGGAGAAUUUAUCCGACCUGAGGAAUACCUACGAGCAGAAGAGCGUGAAGAGAUCGAUAUGCAACAGCGCAGAUCUGACUCUCAAACCAAGCUUGGUCAGAAACGACGAUGGGAUGAAACAGGACCGGGCGGGCGUCGGUUGUCUAGCAGCGGGGCCAAACGUCAACAAUUCCCUGGAAAGAAGGACGCCAGCACAGCGGACGAUAUGAGCUUGACAGAGGAUGGAGAAGGUGGUGAUGCUGCCCUAGAGUCAGAAGACGAAGCGGAUGGUCAGACGUUCGAGGGGCCCGCAAAAGCGGUCUAUCAGAAGGCUAGUCUCACUAUCAAUGCUCGUAUCGCUUUCGUAGACUUUACGGGAUUGCACGAUAAGCGGAGCUUGGAGAUGCUGAUCCCGCUCAUUCAACCACGCAAACUGAUUCUAGUGGGCGGGAUGAAGGAGGAGACCACGGCCCUUGCAACAGAGUGCAAGAAGCUCCUCGCAGCCAAGGCUGGAGUUGAUGUCUCCGCUGCGGACUCUGCUGUGAUUUACACCCCGGCUGUUGGAGAAGUUAUUGAUGCUAGCGUUGAUACAAACGCCUGGAUGGUCAAGUUGAGCAACAGUCUCGUUCGGCGCCUGAAAUGGCAGCAUGUCCGUAGUCUUGGCGUGGUGACAUUGACUGCACAGUUGAGGGGUCCUGAAUUGAACCCCCCAGAGGACGCAGCGGACUCCCCAAGUAAAAAGCAAAAACUGUUGCAAGAAGAGGCUAGUUCACAAGCUACGGCACCUACCGUCGACGGCACGAAACCAACAGCAGACAAGUCUGAUGUCUACCCGGUGCUUGAUAUACUUCCCGCCAACAUAGCAGCAGGAACGAGAUCUAUGACUCGCCCUCUCCAUGUGGGCGAUUUGCGACUUGCGGAUCUCCGCAAGAUCAUGCAGGGAGCCGGCCACACGGCCGAGUUCCGUGGUGAAGGAACGCUUCUCAUUGACCGGAUGGUCGCCGUCCGCAAAUCAGGUACAGGAAAGAUCGAGAUUGAAGCUACGGCUCAAUCAGCUGCUGCUGUAGGACGUGGGGCUGGAAGCUUCCUGGACGUGAAGAGGAAAAUUUACGAGGGACUGGCUGUUGUUGCAGGUAAUUGA